CCGCGCUCGUCGUCCUGAACGUCCUCCAUGGCGUCGUCAUCGUCUGCGCCUGUUGCUCAUAAUGCUCUUCCGCCGCCGUCAGUGUCCUCUGCAGGUCGUUCGUCGCGAAUAGCACCCCAUUCUCAUAUCAAAGGCCUUGGUUUGACGCCUGAAGGCCUUGCAACCAUUGACGGUGCUGGAUUUAUUGGUCAGACCGUUGCUCGCGAGGCGUGCGGUGUCAUUGUGGAUCUCAUAAAAUCUCGCAAAUUCUCUGGACGAGCCCUUUUGCUCGCAGGCGCGCCAGGAACAGGCAAGACCGCCCUCGCAUUGGCUGUAUCGCAUGAACUUGGGGUAAAGGUCCCAUUCUGUCCUAUGGUCGGAUCGGAGGUGUACAGCACAGAAGUCAAGAAAACCGAAGUUCUGGCAGAAGUUUUCCGGAGGGCCAUCGGCCUCCGUAUAAAGGAAACCAAGGAGGUAUAUGAGGGUGAAGUUACCGAACUCACACCGGCAGAGUCUGAAAAUCCCUUGAGCGGCUAUGGCAAGACGGUCUCUCACGUUAUCGUCCAUCUCAAGACAGUCAAGGGCGUCAAGCAACUACGCCUUGAUCCUAGUAUAUAUGAAUCUAUACUCAAAGAAAAGGUUGUGGUUGGAGAUGUCAUUUACAUUGAAGCCAACACUGGGGCGGUCAAGCGAGUAGGACGGUCAGAUGCAUAUGCCUCAUCAUAUGAUCUCGAGUCGGAAACCUACGUUCCUCUCCCUAAGGGCGAUGUUCAUAAACGCAAGGAAUUGGUCCAAGAUGUUACCUUGGGAGAUUUAGAUGCAGCAAACGCACGGCCUCAAGGCGGUCAAGAUAUCAUGAGUGUCAUGGGCAGCCUUGUAAAAAGUGGGCGCACAGAAGUCACAGAUAAACUCCGGCGCGAAGUCAACAAGGUCGUCAAAGGCUAUGUAGACCAAGGAGUGGCUGAGGUGGUCCCAGGAGUCGUGUUCAUUGAUGAGGUGCACAUGUUGGACAUUGAGUGUUUCACCUACCUAAACGCACUUCUGGAGUCGCCUAUGGCUCCAACCGUCAUUCUUGCGACGAAUCGUGGUAAUGCACUGGUACGAGGGACGACUGACAUCGUAUCUCCUCAUGGCGUUCCCGUCGACCUGCUCGAUAGAUGUAUGAUUGUUAAAACUGAAGGGUACACUCGAGAGCAGGUUGGGAAAGUUGUUCAACUUCGUGCAGACGUUGAGGGUCUUAAAUUGAGUCCUGCUGUCCUCGCCCGAUUGGCAAUGGAGGGAGAAAAGAGCUCACUAAGAUACGCCCUUCAGCUACUCGCACCUGCUUCGAUCCUGGCCAAGCUGGCGGGUAGGUCGCAGAUUGAGGAUGAAGAUAUUGCGGAGAUGAAUGAAUUGUUCCUUGACGCCAAAACCUCUGCUGCAAACAUUGGGGACCACACAACAGAUGGUGAAAAAAUGAG